GUGGCUUUCACUGAGUCUGAGACUCCAGGAGGGAUUAUGGUAUUGUAGUCAGGAAGCCAGAAUUGUGGAGGCCAAAAAGCAUGCUGGGGCUGUGUUCCAAACACUGCCAUAGAGGUACAUAAUUACCCGGCGCAGGAGGUCUUUCCAGGGAGUCGUCCCCCAGCAACUGUGGCGAUUGAACUAUGAAAAGAAUUUGGGUUCGUUUCAUCUUCGCUGGACUCCGCUUGGUUUGGGAAAGGGCAGCCCUCAAACCGCGGUCGCGGUGGCGGUGGUAAAGCCUCGUGGUUCCACGGGUGGGCCCCGAGCUCCCGUUUUUCCUUUGCUGCACCCUCGCGAGCCUCGGCUUUGGCUUUUCUGUCGCCCUGUGGAGGAAGAGCCCCGUCUUUCUGCUGGCAGAUGUUCAGGUGCAGAAGCGGGCAGAAACCUCCAGCAGCAGCCGCCGCUCCCGGUGAGGAGGCAUUGCCCUGGCCAAAGGCACCGCGUCCUGUCCAUGCUUCUGUAGAGGUGCUCAGAUGGGAUUAAAGUCCACAUGGAGAUAUGGAAAUGGACCAGGAAUUUACUCUAAAAAGAUGGUCGGCUGGGAUUCGGGUUGCCUUAUAUGCCUGGUGGUGGUCACCAUGGCUGGAAUUUCCCUGGCUCGACCAUCGUUUAACUUAGUUGUCGAAGACGCCACUUUGGAACCUGAAGAGCCGCCAACCAAAUACCAAAUCUCUCAGCCAGAUGUACACUCAGCACUUCCAGGAGAACCACUUGAGUUGCGCUGUCAAUUGAAAGACGCCGUCAUGAUCAGUUGGACUAAGGAUGGGGUCCCUUUGGGGCCUGACAAUAGGACAGUGAUUAUUGGGGAGUACUUACAAAUUAAGGAUGCUUCACCCAGAGAUUCGGGCCUCUAUGCUUGCACUGCUGUUAGGACCCUAGACAGUGAUACUCUGUACUUCAUUGUAAAUGUUACAGAUGCUCUUUCCUCUGGGGACGAUGAAGAUGACAAUGAUGGGUCCGAAGACUUUGUGAAUGACAGCAACCAGAUGAGGGCACCCUACUGGACUCAUACAGACAAAAUGGAGAAAAGGUUACAUGCAGUGCCAGCGGCCAACACUGUCAAGUUCCGUUGCCCAGCCAUGGGAAACCCAACACCAACCAUGCGAUGGCUGAAAAAUGGGAAAGAAUUUAAACAAGAACAUCGUAUUGGCGGCUAUAAGGUCCGCAACCAGCACUGGAGUCUCAUCAUGGAGAGCGUAGUCCCGUCCGACAAAGGAAAUUAUACAUGCAUCGUGGAAAACCAGUACGGCUCCAUCAAUCACACGUACCAUCUUGACGUUGUCGAGCGAUCACCGCACAGGCCUAUCCUCCAAGCUGGCCUUCCUGCAAAUGCCUCUGCAGUAGUCGGAGGUGACGUCGAGUUUGUCUGCAAAGUCUACAGUGAUGCUCAACCUCAUAUUCAGUGGAUAAAGCACGUAGAGAAGAAUGGCAGUAAAUACGGACCAGAUGGACUGCCGUAUCUCCAGGUUUUAAAGCAUUCGGGGAUAAAUAGUUCCAAUGCUGAAGUGCUGACACUGUACAAUGUGACAGAGGCGGACGCUGGAGAAUAUAUUUGUAAGGUCUCCAAUUAUAUAGGGGAGGCCAACCAGUCUGCCUGGCUCUCUGUUCUGCCGAGUAUACAAGCUCCUGAAAAAGAGAAAGAAUAUCCGACAUCUCCAGACUACCUGGAAAUAGCAAUUUACUGCAUAGGGGUCUUCCUGAUCGCCUGCAUGGUGCUGACGGUCAUCCUGUGCCGCAUGAAGAACACCACCAAGAAGCCCGACUUCAGCAGCCAGCCGGCUGUCCACAAGCUGACAAAGCGAAUCCCUCUGCGCAGACAGGUAACAGUGUCAGCCGACUCGAGCUCCUCCAUGAACUCCAACACGCCUCUGGUGAGGAUAACUACUCGCCUCUCCUCUACUGCUGAUGCCCCAAUGCUGGCAGGAGUCUCGGAAUAUGAAUUGCCAGAAGACCCGAAAUGGGAGUUUCCGAGAGAUAAGCUGACGCUGGGUAAACCCCUGGGGGAAGGCUGCUUUGGGCAAGUGGUCAUGGCCGAAGCGGUGGGGAUUGACAAAGACCGGCCGAAAGAAGCAGUGACUGUGGCUGUGAAGAUGCUGAAAGAUGAUGCUACAGAAAAGGAUCUAUCGGACCUGGUAUCAGAGAUGGAGAUGAUGAAGAUGAUUGGAAAGCAUAAAAAUAUCAUCAAUCUUCUUGGCGCCUGUACGCAGGAUGGUCCACUCUACGUGAUUGUAGAAUAUGCUUCAAAAGGAAACCUGCGUGAGUAUCUGCGAGCACGCCGCCCCCCUGGGAUGGAGUAUUCCUUUGAUAUUAACAGGGUGCCAGAGGAACAGAUGACAUUCAAGGACUUGGUAUCCUGCACUUAUCAGCUGGCAAGAGGCAUGGAGUAUUUGGCAUCACAAAAAUGUAUCCAUCGAGACCUAGCUGCGAGAAAUGUUUUGGUAACUGAAAACAAUGUCAUGAAAAUAGCAGACUUUGGUUUAGCCAGAGACAUCAACAAUAUAGAUUAUUAUAAAAAGACUACUAAUGGACGACUUCCAGUAAAGUGGAUGGCUCCAGAAGCUCUGUUUGACAGAGUUUACACGCAUCAAAGUGAUGUAUGGUCAUUUGGUGUGUUAAUGUGGGAGAUCUUCACAUUAGGAGGAUCACCCUACCCAGGAAUCCCAGUGGAGGAACUUUUUAAGCUGCUGAAAGAAGGGCACCGAAUGGAUAAACCUGCCAACUGCACCAAUGAACUCUAUAUGAUGAUGAGAGAUUGCUGGCAUGCUGUGCCUUCACAGAGACCAACUUUUAAACAGUUGGUAGAAGACUUGGAUCGGAUUCUCACUCUCACAACUAACGAGGAGUAUCUGGACCUCAGUGGACCCCUCGAGCAGUAUUCACCUAGCUACCCUGACACAAGGAGUUCGUGUUCUUCAGGUGAUGACUCUGUUUUUUCUCCCGAUCCAAUGCCUUACGAACCUUGUCUUCCCAAGUACCAACAUAUGAAUGGAAGUGUUAAAACAUGAAAAGGAAUCAUAUAGAGGAAUAAAGAAACAAGAACAUCAAGCUACCUACCAUAUACUAAACAAAACCUUUUCUCCAGAACCUUAAUGUUUCUGCUUGUACAUAUGAAAUAUGGAAGAAAAAAAAAAGGAAAAAAAGAAAACUUGGAGGAAAGCAGUCAGAUCCUACAGAAGAAUCUCAUAAUUUGCAACUUUUAAUAAAUAUUCCCAACAAAGAAGAAUGUUUAUGAGCUAUAUCUAGAUACUCAUCCAUCUUAAUUUUCUGGCUUUCCAUAAGCUGCAACAGACUUUGUACAAUGGACAAGUUGGACUUGAGGCAAACACUGUGUCUGCCUUUCUUGUUUAUUUUGUAAUAUUUGGAGAAAAUAUAUGUUGGCACACACUUACAGAGCACAAAUGCAGUAUAUAGGUGCUGGAUGUAUGUAAAUAUAUUCAAAAUAUGUAUAAAUAUAUAUUAUAUAUAUUUACAAUGAAUUAUUUUUUGUAUUGAUUUAAAAAUGGAUGUCCCAAUCCACCUAGCAAAUUAGUCUCUUUUUUUAACAGCUAUUUGCUAAAUGCUGUUCUUACACAGAAUUUCUUAAUUUUCACCAUCCAAAGGUGGAAAAUACUUUGCUUUCAGGGAAAAUGGUAUAUCAUUAAUUUAUUAACUAAUUGGUAAUGUACAAAACAAUUAAUCGUUUAUAGGGUUGUUGUGUUUUUGUAAUUUAAAUGGCAUUUCUAUGCAGGCAGCACAGAGAACUAGUAGAUAUAUUGCUCAGACUUUACUAGUUUUCAGAUCUUUUUUUUUUUUUUAAAGAAAUAUUUACAGUAUAUAACUAAUUUGGGGAAAUUAAACUUUUGAUUUAUUUGUGUUUAAAAACUGCAGUGUCAAAUGAUUAUUAUCAGAACCAAAUCCUUUAACAAGAAUGUCUUUUAUUCUCAAUAUCUGUCACUUUAACAACUUAACUCUUUAGGCAACGACAAAAAAAAAGAAUCAUUUCACAAAAAAAAAAAAAGAGAGAAAGAAAAACUUAAAAUGGGUUCCUAAA